CUCUCGACUCUAAGAAACCAACUGGGGAUCGACAUCCUCAAACAUAAGUACCACUUGCCGAACUCUCCCUGGUUACCUAACUACAGGGCUAGCCAGAGGUCCUCUGGCAUCUGGAGGUCAAUUUGCGCAGUCUUCCAUGCCUUCAAAUCUCGCAUAAGAUUCCAUCCAAGGUUGGGUAACCGCAACCUUUUCUCGCUAGAGCCCUGGUUAGGGCACACCCCUCUUAAGGACAAAUUUCCAGACCUCUCCUCCCUAGCUAGAGACCAAGGAGCCACUGUGGCAGAGGAAAUGCUCCCAGCAGGUUCCCUCCGCUCUUGGAACCCACAUUUUAAAAGGGCUCUAACUAAUCAGGAAUCCGCAAACUUUGCCGCCCUCGCUGCCAAACUUCAAGCUUGCUUCCUGGCCCCUUCAAGAUCAGAUCGAAUCAUUUGGACUCCGGCUCCUUCGGGGGAAUUCACAGUCUCCUCCUUUUUCCGGAGUCUAUCUUUCCCUCUUACCUUACCUCUUGCUCCUACCGCAAAAGCUGCCCAGGCUUGGACUUCUUUUGCCCCACCUAAAAUCAAUAUUUUCUCCUGGCUGACCCUUUCCCAGAGAGUCUUGACGGUAGAUCGGUUACAAAGAAGAGGUAUCCCAAUUCCUAAACAAUGCGUUAUGUGUCUCCCGGCUGAAAAGACCAACAACCAUCUCCUGCUGCACUGUCCAUAUGCUCACAAUCUUUGGGGAGCAAUUCUAAGACACUUCAAUGUACAGUGGGUGUUACCGGCAGAGGUGACAUCCUUUCUUUCUUUGGUACAACCUUUCCCCUGGCAUAAAGAGGGAAUCCUCCUUUGGAAAUCAGCGGUGGCUGCUGCUUUGUGGGCACUUUGGAUCGAGCGUAAUAACAGAAUCUUUCGGGGGGAUUUCUCACUGUGGCCCAAGGUGCUCAACAAGCUUAAGUCAACCAUUAUCUUUUGGGCCACCAACCACCAUUACUUCAAAGGAGUCUCCUCUUCGGCUUUCAGCCAGGAUUGGAGCUCAGUCCUUCAAUUCCAUCGCACACGCCUGCCGCGUGCCUCAAGAUGGAACCUCCACCCUAGGGACAGCUUAAACUUAACUUCGACGGCUGCUCUCUAGGAAAUCCCGGCCCCUCAGGAAUAGGAGCAAUCCUCAGAGACCACCUCGGUUCUACUGUGGCAACUGCUUCCAAACACAUUGGCCAUGCAAACUCUGUGGAGGCUGAAGCGACGACACUCUUGGAAGGCCUCAAACUUGCAAUCCCACUCCAACUGCACUCCCCCAUCAUCGAGGGAGACUCCAAGAAUACUCUUUCUUGGGCACAGAAUCCCCCCUCCUCCUCUUCUCCUUGGCAGUUAGCACACUUGGUUGACGAGAUUGAAUUCCUUUGCAAGAAAAUGUCCUUCAUGUUGAUGCAUACUUGGAGAGAAGGAAACCAAGAAGCUGACAUUUUAGCCAAAGAAGCAGCAGCAAUGGAGAUCAAUUAGCAUUUAGCACUUGUCUUGGAGUUUUGGUUUAUAGUUUUUGGGUUUUUUGUCGGAUCGACCUGUUUUUCUAGGUUACUGUGACUCACUGUAACCUCUUAAAAGAGGAUUUUGAUUCCAUUUGUUGGCUCUAUCCUUGAGCAUCCUUCUUUUGUGGAUUGCCAAGGUCUCGUACUUAUCUCCUCUUCAAUUAACACA